AUGACUCGUCACCUUUACCAGCUUUAUCAAUGUCAUCAUUGCCUUCUGCUUCGGCGUCGUCUUCAUCAUCUUCGUCUUCCUCUUCCUCUCCCUAUCCCACUCGUCAACACGAGGGAGCGGCCCAUUAUGGAUGAAGGUAGACUUCGUCCUCAAAUUCUUCUUCUUCUUCCUCUUCUUCUCAUUCUCCUUUUUUUUCUGCUCUUUCUUCUUCUUCAUCUGCUACUUCCUCAUAUCCUUCAUUCGGUCUUUGUCCUCAAAUUCUUCAUCUUCAUCUUCAUCUUCAUCUUCUUCUUCUUCUACUUCCUCUUCUUCUCGAUCUCCUUCUUUUUCUACUUCUUCUGCUCUUUCUUCUUCUUCAUCUGCUACUUCCUCAUAUCCUUCAUUCAGACUUCGUCCUCGAAUUCUUCUUCUACUUCCUCUUCUUCUCAUUCUCCUGCUUUUUCUGCUCUUUCUUCUUCUUCUUCUUCUGCUACUGCUUCAUAUCCUUCAUUCAGACUUCGUCCUCGAAUUCUUCUUCUACUUCGUCUUCUUCUCGAUCUCCUUCUUUUUCUGCUUCUUCUGCUCUUACUUCCUCUUCAUCUGCUACUUCCUCAUAUCCUUCAUUCAAACUUCGUCCUCGAAUUCUUCUUCUACUUCCUCUUCUUCUCAUUCUCCUGCUUUUUCUGCUCUUUCUUCUUCAUCUUCUUCUUUUUCGUCGUCGUCUUCUUAUUAUAA